AUGUCUGGCAUGUGUUAUAUAUCCCGAGUUAAUGCAUUGAAACACAUCGCGAAACACAAUGAGAUCAUUAAAAGUUUGAAAUAUCAUACGAUUAGUGGAGUUUAUGGCUAUAAACCAAAACAAAAUCCAUUUACAUCGGAAAAGUGUGCCAUAAAAAAGAGAUCUCAAUAUAAUGUAGACAUUCAUGAGUUGGUUAACGGUUUUCGAAGUAGAGGUCAUUUGUUGAGCCGAUUGGAUCCGCUGGCGCUGAAUGAGCCUAAGAGUUGGGAUGCCCUACACGUAGAGCUGAGUGACUACGAGACCAAUCAGUCGGUGAUCGAUCCGAAAGAGUUCGUAAAUAUGGGCCGAAAUGAGUGCAAAGUCGAGGAGAUGGUGUGGUUUCUGAAGCAAACGUAUUGCGGAAACGCGAGCAUAGAGUUCAUGCACUUGACUGAUGCCAACGAACGGCUUUGGAUCGCAAACAAGUGGGAAGACAUCACAGCCAACACCACAUUCACUGAUGAGCGCAGAAAACUGUUGGCAACAGAUUUGCUGAGAUGUGAACUUUUCGAUCAGUUUCUCACCAAAAAGUUUUCAUCAGUCAAACGAUACGGCGGAGAGGGCUCCGAGACGAUGAUCACCUUCUUUGAGCACAUCUUUCAGUCGAGUGCAGAGCACAACAUAUCGGAUGUCAUUAUAGGAAUGCCUCACAGGGGACGACUCAACCUGUUGGCCAACUCACUGAACUACCCGCCCGUUAUGCUAUUUCAGAAAAUGCUGGGCAAACCGGAGUUUAACUUAAGCGAGGCUAACGGUGCCACCGGUGACGUACUCUCGCAUAUGUUCACAUCCAUAGACAAACAAUUUGGUGACAAAUCGGUUCACAUUAUACUACUGCCAAACCCCUCGCACUUGGAGGCCAUAAGUCCUGUAGUCUGUGGCAAAGUCAGAGGCAAAGCCAUGACCAAAAAUGUAGGCCCUUAUGGUGACACCAAUGAAAUAUUGCCAAUUUUAGGCAUUCAAGUUCACGGAGACGCUGCCUUUACUGGACAGGGAAUCAUAAUGGAGACCCUGGCCAUGGCUAACGUUCCUCAUUAUACAACCGACGGGUCCAUUCAUUUAAUAGUCAACAAUCAAAUUGGUUACACAACUCCGGGUCAGAUUAGUCACGGAAGGUCUUCCCUUUACUGCAGCGAUACUCUCAAAGCCAUUGACGGCCCCUGUAUUCACGUGAACGGUGAAGAUCCUGAGAGUGUGGUAAUGGCCACACAGUUUGCUCUGGAAUACAGACAAAAGUUUGGCAAAGAUAUUGCCAUUGAUUUAGUCUGUUAUCGCCAUUGGGGUCACAAUGAGUUGGAUGACCCGACUUAUACCAAUCCUAUCAUGUAUUCAACCAUACAUUCUCGUGAUAUGACUAUACCUCAGAAAUAUGCAAAUAAAGUGCUAACAAGUGAUGAAAGACAACUAAUUGUCGACCAAUACUCAGGUUUUCUCAAUCUGCACUUCCAAGACAUAAAUCAUUACAAACCUGUCAACACAAACUUCAAGGGUGUUUGGAGUCAUAUAACACAGGCGUCCAAUAAAGCAAUUACUCGAUGGGAUACUAGUGUCGGAUCAGAUGUCUUAUACUACAUCUGUUCAAAAUCUAUUGAAACUCCAAAGGACUUCAAUUUGCACCCAAACCUCAACAAAGUUCUCAAUGAAAGGCUUAACAAACUGAAAGAAGGGGUCAAAAUCGAUUGGGCGACGGCUGAGGCACUGGCUUUCGGCUCACUAUUGUAUCAGGGAUUCAAUGUAAGGAUCUCUGGUCAAGACGUCGGGAGAGGCACAUUCAGUCAAAGGCAUGUCAUGUUAGUGGACCAGAAGAGCGACGAUACUUAUAUACCAUUAAAUAAAUUAAUUGCCGAACAAAAGGGUUUUAUCGAAGUUUGCAAUUCAAUACUCAGCGAAGAAGCCGUUUUGGCAUACGAAUGGGGUUUAAGUAUCGAUAACCCCAACCAUUUGGUGAUAUGGGAGGCACAGUUCGGUGACUUCUUCAAUGGCGCACAAAUUAUUUUCGAUACAUUCCUGUCAUCGGCUGAGACCAAGUGGGGGCUGUCAUCACCACUCACUAUACUUCUACCGCAUGGCUAUGAAGGCGCAGGUCCCGAGCACUCUUCGUGUCGAAUCGAGCGCUUCCUACAAAUGUGUGACUCUAAAGAGGACGCCAUGGAUUCGGAUCAUAUAAACUGGUCCAUCGCUAACCCGAGCACUCCCUCGCAGUACUUCCAUCUGCUUCGGCGCCAAAUGAUCCGCAAUUACCGCAAACCGUUGAUUGCUGUCACGCCGAAGAUACUUCUGCGGCACCCGUCCUGUGUGUCCGGCAUUUCCGAGUUGACGGACGGCUCGUCCUUCCAACCAGUAUUAAGUGAUCAGUCGGUGGCUAACGAUAAUGAUGUGAAGACAGUGGUGUUGUGUUCGGGAAAACAUUUCUAUACAUUGAGUAAAGAGAGAGACGAGAAAAAUGGGAAACAAAUCGCUUUAAUACGUUUGGAGGAGUUGUGUCCCUUUCCGGCCACUGACAUAUCCGCACAACUGUCCAAAUAUAAGUCGGCAAAAGAAUUCGUAUGGAGUCAAGAGGAGCACCAGAAUAUGGGCGCCUGGAGUUACGUGAGACCUAGGUUUCAAGAUCUUUUCAAUAUAAAACUACGAUAUGUGGGUCGACCCCCACUUUCGACACCAGCCGUCGGAAUCGGAGAACUGCACAAACAGGAGGCCACAGAUAUUCUGGUGAACACAUUCAACACCAAAUAA